AUGAGCGCUGGACAAGCGGCGGUGGUGUCGAUCCUGCUGUGGUGGGUCACCAACAUCUUCACAGUCAUUGCCAACAAAUGGAUUUUCCAAAUCCUCCAAUUCGCCUACCCGCUCACCCUCACCGGAGUGUUCAAGGCGGUGCCCUUCGUGCAGAUUCCUCUGGCCAACUGUCUCACCAACGUCUUUCCUCUCGCGCUUAUUUUCUUUGUUAAUAUCAUCCUCGGCAACAUCAGCUUGCGAUUCAUUCCGGUUUCCUUCAUGCAAACCAUCAAGUCUGCGGUGCCAGCGUUCACUGUGUUGCUUCAAGUGUUUGGACUGGGGAUGACUUUCCCCCGGGGCACCUACCUGGCGCUGGUCCCCGUGGUGGGCGGCGUGGCGAUGGCCACCGCUACCGAAGUCAACUUUGAGAUGAUCGGUUUCACCUGCGCGCUCGUCGCGUGUCUCACCACUGCCGUGCAGAGCGUGCUGUCCUCUGUUCUGCUCACGGGUCAAUACCGUUUGGACUCAGUCAACCUUUUGUACUACAUGGCUCCGCUUGCGUUCCUGGUCAACCUGCCCUUUGCCUACUACUUCGAAGCCGAAGACGUGAUGAACCGUUCCUACGUGGACGUCAGCGCGCACGAGAUCGUCCUGCUCCUGUUCCUCUCUGGCUUUGUCGCUUUCCUUCUCAACCUGAGCGUGUUCUUCGCCAUCAAGUCGACGUCGGCCCUCACCUUCACCGUGUUCGGUAACCUCAAGGUGGUCAUCGUCAUCCUCCUGUCCGUUAUCAUCUUCCAGAACGAGAUCACGGCCUACAAUGGAAUGGGUUGCGUGGUGGCAUUCAUGGGCAUCUGCGCCUACAGCUACCAGGAGUACACCAUCAAGGAGCAGAAGCGACUGGCUGCCUUGGAGGCCGUCAAGGUCGAAUCCCUCGAAGAAGAGAAGGCCGACGCCUAA